AUGCAGGCCUUCAAGGGGGCCCAGCUCCUGCGCGCCGACGUGCGCAACGCCGACUUUACGCGCGCGGAUCUGCGGGGGGCGGACUUCACGUCGGCCAAGGCGGACCUGACCGGCGCCUCCUUCAAGGAGGCGCACAUCGCCGGCGUCGACUUCCGAGAGGCGGCUGCCUUCAAGGGGGCCCAGCUCCUGCGCGCCGACGUGCGCAACGCCGACUUUACGCGCGCGGAUCUGCGGGGGGCGGACUUCACGUCGGCCAAGGCGGACCUGACCGGCGCCUCCUUCAAGGAGGCGCACAUCGCCGGCGUCGACUUCCGAGAGGCGGCUGUACAGGGGGUCGACUUUUCUGGCUGCUUUGGUAAGGACGCCGCCCUCUUCGACCCAACUGCUAUCUAAAGUUGUAAUUCCGGGUAGCCAUACCUACCGUGUGCAAAGCCGUAUCAACGCCGUACGGCUUUAUGUGUGUGCGCAUGUGGCCAUGUGCGCAUCUCGAUACUAUAUGUGUUCACACUGAUUUAUACACAGUCACAGAAGUAAGGACCACAUAAAAUAUUGAAUAUAUUGCUCCAAAACUCCAAUAGUUAGAGAUGCGAUCAAUAUCAAUAUAUAUUGCAAUAGUUAGAGGGGCUAGGGCUGCUCCCGUGGUCCCGGCCGUUCGUUGUACGUUCGACGGACUGCU